UCUCUCUGCUUAAGCUUACUCAUUUUGUGGGCGUUACUUCCUCAAUCCCACAGCUCAUUCCUCUUUCUAUUUCUCUCUUCCAAACCUUCCUUUCUCUUUCGGUUUCUCUCUGUCUCAAACCCCAAAAUCAUGUCUAUGACCACCAUGACUGGCAUCAACACUGCUCAGCACAUCGUGCAGAGUAUGAACUCACCUGUGAGGGCCGAUGAAGACAACGAGGACAAUUUGAUCUGUCCAGAGGCUGUAGAUGAGCUCAGAGAAAUCGAGACGAGAAUGAUUCGCCAAGUGUAUGGAGAAAGAAGUUUGUCACUAGUAGCAGGGUCAUUUUUUCCGUCAGCCAAGUCGGAAGCUGGCAGUGGCAGUCGGGAUUGGAAUGAAACAAAUCCAGACUCCCCUCUUAACAUUUCAUCAUUUUUCCCAUCCAACAAGUCUGAGACUGAUAGUAGUCCAGAAUUCUCUCGUUCCAAUUCCGAUUUCAUAAUGUCAAUCUUCUUACCAGCCACAUCUCCAGUAGACAGUCCCGAAAACAAUGAAAUAACACUUCGAAGUCGUUCCAUACCCUCAUAUUCCAUAAUGUCAAUCUUCUCACCGGCCCGAUCUGAAAUAAACAGUCCCGAUAAUCAUGAAAUAAUCGUUCGAAACCGUUCCAUACCCUCAUAUUAUCACUUCUUUCCACCCUACAUGUCAGACACUGACAGUUAUGGAUCAUCAACUCCUAAUCAGCUUUCCAUACCAUCAUUAUCUUUCCCAACCAACAAGUCAGAGACUAUUAAUAGUAGUUUAGGAAGUAAUGGAAUUUCUUUGGAUGAGCGGAUCUUAGGAGGGAUCGAGAAGAUGGAUAAAUGUAUUCAAGCUGCUGUCGAGACUCUCCAAAGCAAUAACGUCGUUGAGCUGAUGAUGUUCAGAUGCACUGAUAUAUACGAAGAGAUUUGCUUCAACAGAACCUUGUUGAAUUUCAGUCGAGCCGUUGAGCUUGGAGGAAGAUCGCCUGAGAAUCUCUUUAGGAUACUAGACACGUAUGAUGCGAUGGCCGAGGCGAUGGAGCAAUUGGACGACUAUUCUGUGAUCCUUAAGGCAACAGCGAUGCUCACCAGGCUUUGUAACGUGCCCAUCUUAAAGUGUUGGGAGGUUAGAGAGACACAUAUCCAACUUGAGACGCAGGAGCAAAAUGGGACCUUGAAGAGUGGUGGCAUUCACCCACUGACGCAGACCAUGAUGAAUUAUAUGAAAUUGAUUGUGGAUUACAGUGAUACUCAGAACUUGUUGGAAAUUGGUGAAGAUGAUGAUCAAUUAGAUGUUUUGCGAAAUUAUGAUAGCAAUAGCUUGAAAAUGAAUCCGGUAGCUAGGCAAUUGUUUCUGUUAAUAAAAUUUUUAGAGUCCAAUCUCAAGAAGAAAUCGAAGCUCUAUGCGGAUGGUGCAUUGCAGUAUAUUUUUCUGAUGAAUAAUAUUCUGUAUAUGAAGCAGAAGGUGAAGGAUUUGGAUCUUGGGGGGCUAUUAGGUGAUAAUUGGGUUCGUAAGCAACAUGGGAAGAUAACGCAAUAUGCUAUGAGUUAUCUUAGGGCUUCAUGGACCAAGGUGUUGGAUUGUUUGAAUGAUAGAGGGACCCCUUUGAGCUGGAGUAGUGAAGCCUCGCCGGUGACUUUGCAGGAGAGAUUGAUGAAUUUCAAUACAUGUUUUGAGGAAAUCUAUAGCGUUCAAACUGCUUGGAUUGUCCCCGAUGUUCCACUCCGGAAAGAGCUUAGGAUAUCUAUAUUAGAAAAGGUGAUCCCGGCUUACCACUCAUUUAUGGGAAGGUUUGGGAAUCAAGUAGAGAGUGGAAGGCACGCUGAGAAAUACAUAAAGUACACAGCAGAUGAUUUAGAGGAUUAUUUGUCGGAUUUGUUUAAGGGUAUACCACGAGGACUACGCACGCUUGCACCUAUUAUGCUCCCUGUUAGGGGUAGAGUGAAAAGACGACUUUUUCUGUUUAAUAAAGCUUAAUUAUAUGAUGUUGAUUUUUGUUGUUGUUAAUGUUAUAAACUUGGGUUUUUAUGAAUGUUAAUUAUCUUUGAUGCUGCAUACUGUAAUAA